AUGGAGAUUGAAGACAGCAUUGCCACACAGGACUGGCAUGCAGAGCUCGGUAAAAGUCGUGGAACACCGGAGCCCCCAGACUAUGACGAUGUCAUCACCAACUGGACGGAUUAUUGCCACGGUGGCUCGCCACACUACCUCGGUGUCUACACUCCCGACCGACUGCAGCCAGUCUUCACCUUGACCGCUGGAACGCAAACUAAAGAGCCUCUGCCGGAUCCUCAACGAAGCGCCGACGUGAUUGCGCAUCAACUUCUCUGCAUGGGCGAGGUUCACUACAGUGAGAUUCUCUGCUGGGUGGAUGCGCUUCGGGACGCUCCCGCCGAUGGCAAGCGCGCCAGGGAGCGGAUCAACGAAGGUGGAGACCCUAUGCUUUUUCAGACAGGAGCUUUUGUUUUUGGUGGUAAUGCAGGGCUUUUUAAAAAUACGCUUGAGUUUCCAUGGUCAUCCCUACUGCUGGCUACAAUUAUCUCCAGCCUGGUUCCUGGGCAUCUUUUCUCCUCGGCUGCUAUCAGUUGCGAUGUCCAGACACCCGUACAUCGAGAUCAGCAUAAUCAUCGCAAACUGCAUAGCAUCAUCAUCCCGGCCAGCCGCUGGGAAACGGGAGGGGAGCUCUGGACAGCGGACCCUGAUGGUUCGAUCGAGCUUGACGGCCGACAGGGUGCGGCAUACUCGCUGCACCCCUACCGCCUAUUUGACUCGACGAAAGAUCACGGCACUCUGCCUUGGACUGGAACACGCAUUGUGAUACUGGGGUGGCACAUACGUCAGGGCUGGCGCUUGAGCUAUGACCCGAGACAAACGCUCCUCAAUCUCAGAUACCCGAUCUGGAGCAGCGAGGUUCUUACUGAUCCGUACCUUUCUGAGUAG